GGUGUUUAUAUUUAGACACAUUUUGUUGUUUUCCGCCACGUGUUGUUAAAAAAAAUUUAAAAGCUGUCUGAAGCAUAACUUUGUGAUUUCAUGCAUUUUUAGGGAUAUUUUAUCUGCGAUGGUUUUCUUCUCAUGCAAUGCCUGCGGUGAUUCACUGAAGAAAAAUCAAGUGGAGAAGCAUUAUGCUACAAAAUGUCGACAGGGGAAGUCCUUGUCUUGCAUUGAUUGUAGCAAAGAGUUCUGGGGAGAAGAGUACAACCAGCACACCAAGUGUAUAUCUGAGGAGGAGAAAUACUCAGGCAAAAACUAUGUUCCAAAAGCCGGGGCCAACAAAGGGGAACAGAAACAAAACCAGUGGGUAGAGCAAGUACAAGCUGCCAUUGAUGGUGCAAAGUCAGACAAGAACAUUCAUCAGUUAUUGCAGAAAAUCAAGGAUUGCCCCAAUAUCCCAAGGAAGCAGGCUAAAUUUAAGAAUUUUGUGAAGAAUUCUCUGCGUGUGCACCAGGAGCGCUGGAUUGACCAGGCAUGGGACCUGAUUAUGAAGCAUGCCGGACAGGCAAAUGCUGUAAAUGAGCCACCUCCAGAGAAACCGGUGAAUGGGGCCCAUGAGGGGCAGUCCAAGGCAGAGAAAAAGAAAGAACAGAAAGAACAAACAAAAAAAGAAAGAAAAGAAGAAAGAAAGAGGAAGAGACAAACAGAGGUAAAUGGAGAUGCCAAAGAGGAGGAGGAGGAGGGACAGCUGGACAAACCCAAGAAGAAGAAGAAGAGGAAGAGAGAAGAGGAAGAAGGGGAAGAGGAGACUAAUGGAGAGACAGAGGCGAAAAGGCCAGCAAUGGAUACUAGUCAGGAGAAACUGAAUGGUGUAGAGGUGAAUGAAGAGGACAGCAAAUCGACCGAGAAGUUUGAUUGGGAGGAAGUCAUCACCGCAGUCUUAGAGAAGAAGGGGGAACUGCCAAUCAAAAAACUACGGAAGAAGGUAUUGGCUGAAUAUAAAUCCAGAAAAGGAGAACCAAGAUCAGAAGAGAAAAUUCUGGCCAAGUUCAGCAAAAAAGUGAACAAGAACCCCAAGUUCAAAGUUCACAAAGAGAGAGUCAAACUAAAGAAGUGAUCAUAAAUUUUUAAAGUGAUCAUUACAUAUUCUUUUAUGUUUUAUGAUAUUGAAGAUACAUUAUUUUGAAUGAAUGAUUGUUGAGAAGAAGAUGUAUUUAAAUGUUGUUAUGAAGUUUCAUAUUGCUUACUUGUUUUAAAACUUAUAAUAAACAUUGAUAAAGGUG